AUGGUUUUUACACUGAAAAUUAGUUGUUUCACUCUUCUGUGCAUAUUCUUGAUUUAUGCACCUGCACUUUGUCACAGCAAAUUAGUUGGUUCCAAAGCAACCUUCUACAAACAACCCGAUGGCAUGGGAACUCCAGACGGCGCAUGUGGCUAUAAAGACUACGGGAGAACCGUCAAUGACGGCGCUGUCUGCACCGUAUCUAACAAGCUUUUCAAUAAUGGAGCUGGUUGCGGUUCAUGCUACAACGUAAUAUGCACGAAUAAAGCACUGUGCAGUAGCGCAGGAACAAAGGUUGUCGCAACUGACAACGGAGGAGGACCAGCUGGAUCAGAUUUCAUUUGCAGCUACCUAGCAUUCACGAAAUUGGCUAAGCCGGGCAAGGAAUCGGAGCUCGUCAAAAAAGGCGUCAUCGAUGUAGUAUACGAAAAAGUCGCAUGCAAUUACCCCAAAAAUCUUAUAAUCAAAAUCACUGAUCAGAGCAGCAAUCCUGGGUACCUGUCCUUUGCAGUGCUCAACCAGGGCGACGUCCUCUCCGCCGAGGUGUACGAUAUGGGAAGCCAAGGGUGGACAUCUAUGCGUAGAGUUUAUGGUGCUGUUUUUGACCUUGCAAAUCCGCCAGAAGGUGCAAUGAAAGUGAGAUUCACUGUAGGUAAAGUUUACGGUGGAACAACGUUGGUGUACUCAAAAAAAUGGAUUCCAGAAAAUUGGAGGGCCGGGAGAACUAUUGACACCGGUAUUCAUCUCUAA